AGAAGACGAUGAAUAGGGAACAUCAGUUUUUAGUUUCCCGGUCUCGCCCACCUGUUUUAUUUUCCUUUUCCUCAGUUCGAGGCAGCAGACACGUGACACGGCAGAAAGCGCGUGGAGUGGGCUGGAGACAGGCGCGCGAGUUGGCACAAAGCUGCUUUUCUGGGGCGCGCGGAGAAGCCGCAUUGGUCUGAGCGGCGCGCGCUCCGCGAGGGGGAGGGGUGAAGAAGACAGUUGGUUUGGGCGGGAAAGAGGGAGGGAGAGACGCUCGCGGCCGUUUAAACUGGGCUAUAAAACACCUCGCUGCAGGCGGAGGCGGCGGUCCCGGGGCCCGCUGGAGAAUCUGCCGGGGAGGGGUGAUAGGGACCGGCGGGGGGAGGCUCUGUCUUCGGGGGCAGGGAUGCGGGCUUCGGGUAUUUAGGAUCAAUGAGCCCCAUGCCCCGGGCAGAGCCUGGGGCAGGGGGUUAGCGGGACCCCCGUUGCGGGGACAGAGCGGGCAGCGCCGCAGAGACCCUGCCCUGGGCACAGAGCUGCGGGUGGGGCUAAAGAGCUGCUGGGGGCGGCGGCUGAAGGCGACGCCCAAGAUGGCCAAAUCUGAACCUCAGGAAAGAAACUAUGACAACAUGGUAAAAAUGCUGGAGGACCUGAACAGGGAUUUAGAAAAACUUCUGGAAGAAAUGGAGAAACUAUCAGUGCAGGCAACCUGGAUGGCAUAUGAUAUGGUGGUUAUGCGUACCAACCCAGACUUGGCCAACUCCAUGAGGCGACUGGAAGAUGCAUUCCUGAACUGCAAAGAAGAGAUGGAAAAGAACUGGCAAGAGAUGCUGAAGGAAACUAAAGGCACUGAACAAAAACAGGAAUAAACAGUCCUCAUAUCGGUUGGUGAAAUUGCAACAGUUAGAUCAUUUCAGACUCAAUUUUUUCAGUCAUAAAAUAUCUACAGAUGCCUUACAAAUGGAUUAUCUUCUAGUUUAUUAAGCAUUAUUGUUGUGGCUAUAUAUACAAAUUUGUUCUGCCAAAUACAUGUAUUGUUGAAACAAAAAGUUAACUAUGUCUCUGUUUUAAUCUAUUCUUAUCCUAUGAUUUUAAGCAUAGUAUUAUAAUUAUAUUAAUUAUAUUAUAUUUAUCAUAUAUACAACUGAUCUUUUUUUGAUAUCUUCCUGGAGGAUCCCAAUCUGAUUUACAAAUUGUAAAUUUAGGGAUCUGUUUGCCCUCUUCUAAAAAGCAGAUGCUUCUGCAAUGGAACACAGCAGUUAUUUUGCUUUAGCAACUGGCCUUAGCAAGAAAAUCAAAGAGUGAUUUCUCCAGUUGAAAGAACAGAUACAAUUCCAGAUUGAUCCAAUAUGGUUCAAUAUGGGAUUGCAGAGUAGAUGGGCUAAUAGUUGCAAAGUUGCAUUAUUAUGCUCAAACAUCCAUAGACAUUUCAUAGUGUUUCUUUGACUUUUUUAACCUUUUCUAGGGAUUGUUUCUCAAAAUUGUCCCAGAAAGAAAGCUGUUUUAAUCCUCUCUCUGUUGUAAAGAAGUUGUAUGUGUUAUUACAGUGAGAAUUAUAUAGUACUUGAUGGCGACUGUAUUGAAUUAUUUCAAUUUUCUUACCAUAGUGGAAAAUGUUCUGUAAGGUGCAGACUGUGGUGCACUCUGCACUUGACAAUCUGGGGCAGGUCCUCUGGAGCAGAGGAAACCAAAUAAGCCAUAUUCAAAUGCAUUGGUUUCCUGCUGCAAUGGGAUUCUGCAGUAC